UAUUAGCAAGAAUGGGGCAGACUUUGAGUCAUUGUAUUGGCAGAAGAACUCCACCAACUCCUGAUCUGUCCUCGGAACAUAUCACUGAUGCCCCGACAAACACAGUAGAUUUACCACACCAAUCGGCACAGUCUGUGCCAUCAUUGCCCGAUCCUCCAACACACCUUCCAGUACAGUCUGUGGGGCAACCACUACCAUGCAGACCACCAGACCUGUCACUACAGACCGUGCCAUCAUUGCCCGAUCCUCCAACACACCAUCCAGUACAGUCUGUGCCAUCAUUGCCCAAUCCUCCAACACACCGUCCAGUACAGUCUGUGCCAUCAUUGCCCAAUCCUCCAACACACCGUCCAGUGCAGUCUGUGGGGCAACCACUACCAUGCAGACCACCAGACCUGUCACUACAGAUCGUGCCAUCACUCCCCGAUGCUCCAACACACAACCCAAUCCAAGCUCAAUCCAAAGCUGCUCCAAUAUUCACUCAAGAAGUCGCUGUGUACGUCAUGACAACUGGGAGCGCUUCGAGGACGUCCACUACUUUGUACUCUUCCGCUAACAUGCAAAGUUUUAUUAGUCAGUUGAAUUCAAAAAAUGAGAGUUUGAAGGAAACAUAUGUCAACGCAACAUAUGCUGAUAGAGAACGAAUGGAGGAUUUUAUUCACGAACAUUGGCAGAAAACAAUUUCAACGAACGUAGAACUUACAGGAGUAAGCGAAGUUAAGAACAUAUUUUUACUCGGAAUGUACGAACUAAAGAAGGCCGAGUACAAGUCUCGAUAUGGGCCCGGGAAUGUAAAGGAGAAGACACUGAUCCACGCCACAGGCGUAGACAAGGUCAACUCUAUCGUAAGAGACAACCUGGACUGGAGGAGGGUGCAACGGAGUAAAUAUGGAGACGGGGUCAGUUUCUCGUGGAGCCCCGACUACUGCAAUUUCUACUGCAACCGGAGAAACGGAGAUCGUCGAGUGUUUAUCGUAGCUUCCGUAUUAUAUUGUCGAGGAGAAGACGGAAUAUAUACACCAUCUGGUGACGUCGACACAGCUCUUGGCAACAGGGGGUUUGUAUUCGUUAAGUUCUACGACAACGAGUUUCUACCAAAGUACCUAGUAUUUUAUAACGCUCCAUACCUAACAUCGACACGUCGGAACUGGUAUUAGCAUAUAGGAGAGCAUGCUUUUGUACAUUUAUAUGAUUUAGAAUAAUGGGAAAUUUGGCAUUUAAAAA